AUGGUAUCCGCACUUCACUUGGCCUCAGGGGGGAGACGGUAUCUCAGGCAGCAGAGGAAGCCAAAGUGUGCAGUGUGCUGGGCUAUGGUGUGCUGUCCUGAGAACAGUGUGCUGGGAUCUGGUGUGCUGUCCUGUGAGCAGUGUGCUGGGCUCUGGUGUGCUGUGCUCCGAGCAGUGUGCUGGGCUCUGGUGUGCUGUCCUGUGAGCAGUGUACUGGGCUCUGGUGUGCUGUCCUUGUGCUGGGCUCUGGUGUGCUGUCUUCCGAGCAGUGUACUGGGCUCUGGUGUGCUGUCCUGUGAGGAAUUGUGCUGGGCUCUGGCGUGCUGUCCUCCGAGCAGUGUGCUGGGCUCUGGCGUGCUAUCCUGUGAGCAGUGUGCUGGGCUCUGGUGUGCUGUCCUGAGAGCAGUGUGCUGGGCUCUGGUGUGCUGUCCUGAGAGCAGUGUGCUGGGCUCUGUGUGCUGGGCUCUGGUGUGCUGUCCUGAGAACAGUGUGCUGGGCUCUGGUGUGCUGUCCUUGUGCUUUGCUCUGGUGUGCUGUCCUGAGAGCAGUGUGCUGGGCUCUGGCGUGCUGUCCUCCGAGCAGUGUGCUGGGCUCUGGCGUGCUAUCCUUGUGCUGGGCUCUGGUGUGCUGUCCUCCAAGCAGUGUGCUGGCUUCUGGUGUGCUGUCCUCCGAGCAGUGUGCUGGGCUCUGGUGUGCUGUCCUGUGAGCAGUGUGCUGGGCUCUGGUGUGCUGUCUCUGUGCUGGGCCCGGUGGGCCUUUGUGCUGCCCUGUGUGCAGAGCACUGGCUGUGGUGCCAUAGUGUGCCGGCCUACAAAUAAGCUGUCUGCGAAGGGCAGCCACCCGUAG